UAGCGUGUCACACCUGCAAAGAAAGGCUCCGUAGUGGAAGCGAACCGGCCGUUUAACCACACCCGUCCUGCGCCGCGAACCGUUCCCCCCUAGACGCUUUGCAGCAGGUCCGCCCUCCGCCGCCGAAUUCGAUUUCCAGCUAUGGGGCUUUCGUUGCGCAGAUCGAUUUACCCCUGCUGGGUCUUGAAGGAUAAAUAUUGAGUCUUGUAGGAGCCUGCCAUAAGUGAUGGCAUGAUAGGAUGUUGAUCUAAACCUUUUUAUAUACGGAGGAAAACAUCCUGAGUCGAAGGAACCAUUUAACCACACCUUGGUCCUGCGCGGCUGCAUGCGCCGCAAGCUGUUCCCCCUUGGACCUCGACGCUUGCCGUCCGCCCCCCUCGGUUUCCAGCUACGGGGGCUUUCGUCAAGCAGUUAACAGGAGAAUUUGAUGACCCUAGGGAAGUCUUUGAAGUUGUCAACCGAUCCACAUAUUCUCCAAGAUCUUCAACCGAGGGAAGCCUUUGUUCCAGAACCUGCUGUGAACACCGUAUAUAAGAAACAAGAUCUGCACUCGCUGCGAGAUGGCACAUGUGCUGUCAAUGCUAUGUAAUUGAAGGCGGUUGUUAAGAUACUCCGUCUACGGUUGCCGGUGUUUUUUAAGAGUUUUUUUAACGUGUCACACUCUACAAAGAAAAGCUCCGUAGUGGAAGCGAAGCGUCCCCCCCUAGACCCUUUGCAGGUCCGCCCUCCGCCGCCCAAUUCGAUCUCCAGCUAUGGGGCUUUCGUUGCGCAGAUUUAACCCUGCUGGGUAGCUAGCAGUGGAUCGAUGUGAAGAGAUCUGCAACCGAGCUAGGGAAAUCUUUGCUUCAGAGCUUGUUGAUCAAGACCGCAGUGAACAAGAUGGAGUUGGUUGUCGGUGCUUCAGAAGCCGCCAUGAGGUCUCUGCUUGGCAAGCUGGGUGGCCUUCUCGCCCAGGAGUAUGCUCUGGUCAGCGGCGUCCGUGAUGACGUCCAGUACAUUUACAACGAGAUGGCCAUCAUGCAGGCCUUCCUCCUCGACCUCAGCUCUGCCCCGGAGGAGCAGGGCCAUCGGAUGAAGGUCUGGAUGAAGCAGAUCCGUGACAUGACCUACGACUGCGAGGACUGCAUGCAUUACUAUGCCCACCUCGUCCCUAAUGACUCCAUCAGUGAUGUCAAAUGUGCCUUCAUAGUCAGAACCAUAUAUGAACUCAGGACAUGGUGGCCUCGCCGUGAAAUUGCUUCCAACAUUGCUGACCUCAAGAUCCGGGCACAACAGAUUGCCGAACGACGCGGCAGAUAUGGAGUUGACAACCCAAGCAACUGCAAUGGCAACAGUUCCGGAGCCCGUGCCGCUACGUAUGACAUUGCGGAGCAUCAGGUCGCCAGCCGUCAGCUCAUCGGUAUGAAGGAGCCUGUGGGUGUGACGGCUGACAUGAACAAGCUUGAGGAGUGGGUAGACAGACCUGAUAAGGACAUUGGUGUUCUGUCCAUAAUCGGAUUCGGCGGUGUGGGGAAGACCACCAUUGCCAUAGCAUUGUACCGGAAAGUCAGUAAUAAAUUUGACUGCCGUGCUUGGGUUAAUGUGUCCCAGAACUACGACAAAGAGGCAGUCCUAAGGAGUAUUCUGAAACAAGUCAUGCUACAAGACAAAGAUCAGAUUUCUCGGGAAAAAAAUUUCCAAGACGGAGAUCAGGAGGCAGUCCAAAGCACAGGGGAGGGAAGCUCGGAGAAGAAGCACCUAGCAGCACACGUUAUGAACACAUUAAAGCUGCCAUUCGUCAGAGGGCACAAGCAGCAAGGCAAUGAUGGGAGCUCUGAUGAAAAGCAGAUGAAGAUUGAAACAAUGUACGGUGAUGAACUCGUCAACGAAGUGAAAAAGCACCUGAAGGAAAAGAGCUACCUGCUCUUAAUUGAUGACAUAUGGUCUGCAAAAACAUGGGGGGAUAUCAGAAAUUGUUUGCCUGUAGAGAACAAAAAAUGCAGUAGAAUAAUAGUGACUUCAAGAUUUCAAGCUGUUGGUGCAGCGUGCUCACCAGUUGGCACAACUAAUCUUCUGCAUACAGUUGAUUUUCUCAAUGCUGUUGAGUCCAAUAAUUUGUUCAAGCAAAGUGUCUAUGAAUCCAAAAGAAGCAAAGAAAGCGAAAAGGUACGGGACAAAGUCCCAGAGGAGAUAUUGAAAAUAUGUGGAGGGCUGCCGUUGGCCAUAGUCAGCAUGGCUGGUCUUGUAGCCUGCAACUCAAGCAAGGCCCUUAGUCACUGGGAUAAAGUUUGCAAAUCAUUAUUUCCAGAGAGUGUGACUGCUCUCUCCUUGGAUGGGGUUACAAGGAUACUUGAUUUCUGUUACAACGAUUUGCCGGGAGAUCUUAAGACCUGUGCACUGUACUUGAGCAUGUUUCCAAAAGGUUCCAAAAUUAGUAUGAAGCGUUUGACUCGGCGAUUGACAGCUGAAGGUUUUGUUAGUGAGAAGCAAGGGCUCACGGAGGAGGAAGUUGCAGAGACAUACUUUAAUCAGCUCAUGAGAAGGAAGUUAAUACGUCCUGUGGAGCACAACAGCAAUGGAAAAGUAAAAACAUUUCUAGUUCAUGAUAUGGUUCUUGAAUACAUCGUUUCCAAGUCAAGUGAAGAGAACUUUAUUACUGUGGUUGGCGGCCAUUGGAUGAUGCCACCACCCAGCAACAAAGUACGUCGACUCUCUAUGCAAAGCAGUGGUUCCAAGCAUGAAAAUAUGACAAAAAACAUAAACUUGUCUCAAGUGCGGUCAGUGACUGUUUUUGGAAGCCUGAAGCAAUUGCCUUUCCAUUCAUUCAAUAAUGGAAUAAUACAAGUGCUAGAUCUUGAGGGUUGGAAGGGUUUGAAAGAGAGACAUCUGAAGAAUCAUAUAUGCAAAAUGCUUGUGUUGAAGUAUCUAAGCCUCCGAAGAACAGAGAUUGCAAAAAUCCCCAAGAAGAUUGGAAAAUUGGAGUAUCUUGAAACUCUUGACAUAAGGGAGACACAUGUUGAGGAGCUACCCAAAUCUGUAGAGAAGCUAAAACGGAUCAGUAGCAUACUUGGUGGCAAUAAAAACCCACGGAAGGGCUUGAGGUUGCCUCAAGAAAAAAUUAAGGAACCAAAGGAAAGUACAUCUGCUCAGGAAAAAAGCGAGGACGACACAGUUACAAGUACGUCCACGCAAGAGAAAAAUAAGGAGGGAAUGAAAGCACUCCGUGUACUGUCAGGGAUUGAAAUUGUUGGGGAAUCAACAGCUGUCGAUGGCCUUCAUCAGAUGAUAGGGCUAAAAAAACUUGCUAUUUACAAGCUCCAUAUAAAGAAAGAUGAUAAAAUCUUCACACAACUACUUUCCGCUAUUACGUACCUUUUCAGCUGUGGUCUGCAAACUCUGGCAAUCAACGAUGAAGGUUCUGAUUUUAUCAACUCACUGGACUCCAUGUCCUCACCUCCAAGGUACCUCAUCGCCCUUGAACUGUCUGGGAUGUUGGAAAAGCCCCCAACGUGGAUAUCCAAACUCCACACCCUCAGCAAGUUAACGCUAUCUCUGACAGUUCUCCGGACUGAUACAUUCAAGCUCCUCCAGGACCUGCCAUCACUGUUUUCUCUCACAUUUUCACUUAGUGCAGCAAAGCAGAAUCAGGACAUAAUAAAGGACAUCCUCGAGAAGAAUAAAUCAGAUUCUGAUGGGGAGAUCUUUGUUCCAGCAGGAUUCCCGAGUCUUAAGCUGCUACGCUUCUUUGCACCCCUUGUGCCAAAGCUGGGAUUUGGUGACAAUGCAAUGCCAGCAUUAGAGAUGAUUCAGGCGCGGUUUGAAGCCUUUGAAGGUUUAUUUGGCAUCGACACAUUAGAAAACCUCCGGGAGGUGCACCUCAGAGUUAAUGGCCUAGCUGCGGAAUUAAAAGAAAGUGAUGAAGCAGGAACACAAGAAACAGAAACCCCUAAAAUAAAAGAAAAGGAAAGGAAGGAAGCUGCUGAAAUCACCAGGUUCUUGGUCAAAGAUUUGAAGAACUACACUACUGAUAAGCUGAAGGUAAUCGUUGACUAUAUUAUCAAUGCUUGAAAUUGCAAAAUAAUUUGGUUGUUGUUUGCUAAAUAAAUAGGGAUGGCAGGUAUAUCCAUCCCAUGGUACUGUGUAUUUUUAUUUCAUUGUCAAUUGAUUAGUGUUUCGUUCUGUCAUGUAUGGCUGGAGCUCCUAGAUACACCGUUUCAGUGUUUGUUGGGGUAGUAAUAAAAGGGGAUACCCAAAGGAACUAUUGUAAUCUUUAUGUUGUGUUGUACACUAUUUCCUAUUGCUACUCAGGUAUUAGUUUACUCUGAUGAACUGAUGUACUCUGAUCAACAUUGCCAAUUUAGCUGUUUAAAUAA